CGGUGGUAGAGGAGGCCUCGAAAUGGAUCGCAGUCGCAGUCGCAGCCGUAGCCGCAGCCGCAGCCGCAGCCGCAGCCGCUCUCCACUGAUGGAACCUAAGCGGUCCCGGUCCGCUUCCAGGGAGAGAGAACAAGGGAACCAAGAAAGUUCUCAGCCCCAGGAGAAAGAUGAGAAAAUGAGCCAGUCCCAGGAGAAAGAUGAGAAAAUGAGCCAGUCCCAGGAGAAAGAUGAGAAAAGGAGCCAAUCCCAGGAGAAAGAUGAGAAAAGGAGCCAAUCCCAGGAGAAAGAUGAGAAAAGGAGCCAAUCCCAGGAGAAAGAUGAGAAAAGGAGUCAAUCCCAGGAGAAAGAUCAGAAAAGGAGCCGCUCGCAAUCCCCACACAGAAAACGCUCCAAAUCCCCAAGACGACAGAGAUCCACAUCUCCUUCCCCUUCUCAACCGAAAGGAAGAAAAGAUGAGGAACCAAAGGAAACAAAGAGUGAAGAACAACAGAUUACUGCAGAGGAAGACUCAGAGGGCAAAACAGAGGAAGAAAUAGAAAUGAUGAAGGGAAAAAGAUUGGAUGGCAAUGUAAAUGCCUAUGCCAUAAAUGUGUCUCAGAAAAGGAAGUACAGAGAGAGCGAAAGGGAGAGGGGGAGAGACAGAGACCGAGACAGAGACAGAGACAGAGAAACAUCGAGGUGGGAGAGACACAUGGAUCGGCCACCUCCCUCACGCACCUCAACUGGGGACCGAAACCGCUCCGACAGAGAAUCAAGCCGGCGACACUAUGGAUCACGGGAGUACACUAAACCAUCUGAGCCACACCGGCCAGGGCUCAAAUUAUAGAUUUUAAAUAGAUUUCUCCUGGAUUUCUCGCCUAGAUUGAUGAUGCAGUACAUGAAUCGAAACAGACCUUUGGAUUUCAUUGCAUGAGAAUUGCACUGUUGAAGAAUGAUUUUUUUCCCCCUCAUCUUGAUCAGAAGAGUGGAUUUUGUAUUUUGUGUUUCAUAUGCAUCAAAACAGGAUCACAUUCCUUCCUCCUUGUAAAGUAAGAAAAUUUUGUCUGACGUGCAGUUCACUUACCCUGCCUCAAAAGAAGAAGUACUAAAUAUUACAUUUUUUUCUUUUAGGAAAUAUUUGGGGCAGUCAUCAACCCCAUUUUUUUGUC